AUGUCAAAUGUCGAGAUGCCGAACGACGGCCUCAUCGGGGUGGACUACGAUUCCCGAGGCUAUCUCCACCACUCAACAUGGCCCGUGAGCGUUGACCAGUCCUCCCAGCGGCCCCAGGAAGGGCAUGAUCUCUCGCCCUUGCAAACCAGCGGUCACUCGCUGGAACAGUCGGUGGCCCACGACCCAGCCCUGAUGCUCGACUGGCAAUUUCAGAUGCAACAGACCCCUCACCAUCAUCAUCAACAUUCACUACCCUAUUCCGCCGAGGGCCCGUCGUCGGCGCCCCAGUUCACCACCGCGAGCUAUGGUAUGGCCAUCCAAUCUUCGCCCGUGGACAUGAUGCCUCCGCAGGGUCAGAUGAGCGCCGGUCUGCUCGACGGCCCCUAUCUACCCCUCUCGGGCCCCCCAGUCGAUGCCAUGGUUCCUUUUACGUAUCACGACUUUCAGGCAGAUCUGAUGGCCUUCCCCGAGGGUCUGGCCGAAGUGUCACCAUAUGCUGCCUCGCACGGCGUCUUGGAGAGCAGCUCGCCCACAGAUACUUAUUUGGAGGUCCGUUCCCUGUCCAGCAGUGACAACGGCUGGAGCACCAUCGAUCAUCGCCGCUCUCUAGACUUUACAUAUGAGCAACAGGGCGUCUUUGUGAACCCCACGCAGACGUUGCAUGAUCGCAGCCUGUCAGAAUCGUCGUACGCCACCUCAUACGGCAGCUUUGUGGACAUUUCGCACCCCAUCAGCUCCCCCAACUCAGAAACCAACCUAGACUUGCCCUAUACCCACCACGCAGCUAUCGGCAGCGUUGGCGGGUCUUCGCCUCCCAAUAAUACGAUGCCUCGCCGCGCCACUGAUGAUCAUUCUUCUGGUUCACGGUCGCCGCCGGCCGUCAGCCCUGGUACGAUGAUGCGGGCAAUUCCCGUGCCCAUCAAGAAGUCCGGUUCUCCAACCCGAUCCUCUGGAUCUGGGUCAUCCGCUUCAUCUGCUUCGCCUCCCAGCCGGAAACCAUCCCGCAAGAGCCCCAUUGCGGCCAAGACGGCCGAGACAAAGGUCCGCAAACAAUCGCAGACCGGUAAACCCGAGACCGAAAAGAAGGUCGGCAAGCGGAAGGGUCCACUCAAGCCUGACCAGCGUAAGCAAGCGAGCGAAAUCCGAAAAUUACGAGCGUGUUUGCGCUGCAAGUUCCUCAAGAAGACUUGUGACAAGGGCGAGCCGUGUGCGGGAUGCCAGCCGUCACAUGCACGGUUAUGGCAGGUCCCAUGCACGCGAAUCGACAUCAAGGAGAUCGGGUACUUCAUGAAGGACUGGAAGGCCGAUUACGAGCGUCAUAUCUCCCUCGGCUUCUCUGUGGGCAACAUUACGGGAUUUUCGGACAUCGAACGCACCCUCUUCGUCACCCACGGCUAUGGCCAGAUUCUGCCGAUCAACGCCCGCGAGGUCUUUGUGCGGGAUGAACAGUGCUUCAGUAUGGACUGGACUGAGUCCGUCCACCGGCCACCGACGCAGUAUGAAGUCGAGACCGCCAGGCUCUCCGCCGGCAUGGAGGGCAUCUCGCACGCCUUGCUGUCGGACUAUCUGGACCGCCACAUCGAUGGGAACGGAACCUAUGAGAAGUUCGUCGACGACUACUUCGAGGGAACUCCCUUUUUGACCCAGAUGCUCAAGACUGCUUUCCGCUUCUACUUCCGCACCAAGAUGCCCGUGAUCCGCAAAGCACUGAAGCUGGUUCUCGCAUACAACCUGACCCUGCAUGUAACCCUAGUGGAGGGAAUCGGUGAGGAGGAAGGGUUCCUGGGCAAGAUCUACGACCAGUCCUCCAAGUUCCGCGGCAAGACGGUGGCGCCCGUGAUGAUCAACUUCCAGAUCAAGAUUGCCAUGGCGAGCAUGUGGCGCGAGCUCCAAAAGGACGUGCUGGAAGAGCUCUCGGCGCUAUACUCCAGCGUGUACAGCGGCGACAAAUUGAAGAACUGGCCGACGAUCUUCCUACUGGCCUCGAUGCUGCUGGCCGUGUGGGAGGAGAUGCAAUUCGACACGCACUAUCGGACCCAGGACCAGCCCGCCGUCGACAAGUUCUGCACCGACAUGGAGACCACCCCCGUCGGCGUGAUCGUCGGGCUCUUCCAGGCCAUCUCGCAGAAGUUGCCCCCCUUCACGGACUGGGACACACAGAAGCACCACCAGCUGCUGUACUCGAACCCGGAUGUGUGUAACACCAUGACCGAAGUCCGGCAGCAUGUUGAACAACACCAGAGCUACCUGCGCGGCCGCUCCAACUCCAAAUUCAACCGCGGCGACUUUGACUGCCUUUCGAACAAAUUUCUCUCUCGCCUUGUGAUUCGCGCGAACUAG